AUGGCGAAUCUUCCUCGUUUUCUUGCUUCAGUUGUUGUGGUUAUUAUGGCAAUUCACAUAAGCGCAAACACAGUGUCAACGAGUGUUGAUGGCGAAUUAUUGGUCGAUUCCAGAAGUAUGUUCAAAUAUCAAAUGCCGGAUGCCUGCAUAGGACAAUCGUAUUGUUUUGAGAAGGGUGAUAAUUAUCCUGAUGAUGUAAUUCAGAAAUUGGAUUUGAACUUUGAAAGCCAGAACCGUAUCGGUACACGCAAAGGAAGUGAGAUUGACGAACCUGAUUGUCCAUCAAAAUCAAAUGAUGGUCCCAUCUACUACAUUAUGGAUGAAAACGACGCCGUGAGGGUUGUAGUGCAGAUACCUGACAAGUUCACACAGAGGUACAACGUCAGGUGGUGCGUCAAUGAAGGAAAGGUCACAAACGACACGCGACACUUCAUGGCAUCAAGAACCUUCGACAAGUUUGACGUUGAAUGUGUAAGCGUCAAGUCAAAGUUCAACUUUGUUGUGCUAAAUCAAGAAGAGAAUAAAAUAGAGGUCGCUACAGCUAACAUCCCAGUAUGUUGCAAAUGCCGCUAUGACCUUAAAUCACGCAAUUAA